AUGAGAAACCACACAUCAAUUACAACAUUCAUCCUCCUGGGACUCACAGACGACCCUCAGUUGCAGGUCUUGCUUUUCAUUUUUCUAUUUAUCACCUACCUACUGAGUGUAACUGGUAACUUAACCAUCAUUACCCUCACCACAGUGGAUCCCCACCUUAAAACUCCCAUGUAUUUCUUCCUCCAAAAUUUCUCUUUCCUAGAAAUCUCAUUUACAAGUGCCUCUGUCCCAAGAUUCUUAUACAGUAUUUCAACUGGAGACAGAACAAUUACUUACAAUGCAUGUGCAACUCAGUUAUUUUUUACAGACCUCUUUGGGGUAGCUGAAUUUUUUCUUCUGGCUACCAUGUCAUAUGAUCGAUAUGUGGCCAUCUGUAAACCUUUGCAUUAUAUGACCAUCAUGAGCAACAAGUUGUGCAGAACAAUGGUUAUUUCUUGUUGGCUGUCAGCAUUCCUGAUUAUCCUCCCACCACUUAGUUUAGGCCUUCAUCUGGAAUUCUGUGACUCUAAUAUUAUUGAUCAUUUUGGAUGUGAUGCAAAUCCUAUUCUGAAAAUAUCAUGCUCAGACACAUGGCUAAUUGAGCAGAUGGUAAUAUUCUCUGCAGUGUUGACCUUCAUCAUUACUCUUAUAUGUGUAGUCUUUUCCUACGUGUACAUCAUAAGGACAAUUCUAAAAUUCCCUUCUGCUCAACAAAAGAGAAAAGCCUUUUCAACCUGUUCUUCACACAUGAUUGUGGUUUCCAUCACCUAUGGCAGCUGCAUCUUCAUCUAUAUCAAACCAUCUGCAAAAGAAGAGGUAACCAUUAAUAAAGGUGUGUCGGUGCUUAUUUCUUCCAUAUCGCCCAUGCUGAAUCCUUUCAUAUAUACUCUGAGAAAUAAGCAAGUUAAACAAGCUUCUCAUGACUUACUCAAGAAAAUUGCAUUUCUUUUAAAGAAGUAA